ACCGGAAGGCUUCACCACAACACACCGAUCCCUCCCUGCCUGCGCGAGCGUUCACACGGCUACCACGUGGUUUCGUCCCGACCAGCAGGCAUCCCUGACCGUCACUCCACCUCCUCUUCUGAUUGGCGGCUCUCACUGCACCUGCUCGACCCUCGCGCCAAUCACACGCUUCGGUCGGUGAGCUCCAAGAUGGCUCCAAGAUGGCGGCUUCCAGUGCUCUGUAUCAGACAUCAUCGCAUAUGAAAGCCAAAUACCACUAUCUGCCGGCCGUCUGAACUUCCGAAGAGGCACACCAGAAGAAGCCCACCGGGGCUGAGUUGUCGCCAGCCGGUGUCGAUCUCGGUCUGAAGGGGGUCGUGUUAUCCGAGUAUGGCCACCGAGAACAGGAUCAAUUUCUGGAGGAGAAACGCAAAGGUUCCCGGAAGGUAUCCCAAAGACACAAAGCCCAAGUUCAACAAUCUCAAGACAAAAAAGGCCUCUAGCUUCCACGAGUUUGCCCGCAGUACCAAUGACGCUUGGGACAUCGACGAAGAGGAGGACGAGGAUUUCCUCGGGACCCCAGCCCAAUCUUCAUCUCUUCCAUCAGGUCUCAACUCUUCGUCACCACAGAACCAGCAGAAUCAGGUCGGGGACAUAGAAACCAGGGUGUCCCACAGUCCCGGGACAGAGGAUCAAGAGCUCCAGGAUGUGUGGGAGGAGGACGCGGAGUGCGAGCACGUCAACGGGGAGGUUGUCAAGUCUAGCAGUGACCUCCACCUCAACACGUCCUCCGUUCGCUGCACACUGCAGAAGCAGCAGUCUCUCCCAGUCCGCCCCAUCAUCCCACUGGUGGCCCGCAUGUCGGACCAGAACGCGUCGGGAGCGCCGCCCAUGACGGUGAGGGAGAAGAGCCGGCUGGACAAAUUCAAGCAGCUGCUGGCGAGUCCCAACACUGACCUGGAGGAUCUCCGGAAGCACAGCUGGUCAGGCAUACCAAGAGAAGUCCGGCCUAUCACGUGGAGGCUUCUCUCUGGCUACCUGCCGGCCAACAAGGAGCGCAGAGAGCUGGUGCUGAGAAGGAAGCGAGAAGAAUACUUUGGCUUCAUAGAGCAGUAUUACCAUUCCAGAACCGACGAGCACAACAAAGACACAUAUCGACAGAUCCACAUCGACAUUCCAAGAACCAACCCUCUGAUUCCCUUGUUCCAGCAGCCCGUCGUACAAGAGGUGUUUGAGCGUAUCCUUUUCAUCUGGGCCAUCCGCCACCCAGCCAGCGGCUACGUCCAGGGAAUCAAUGAUUUGGUCACGCCCUUCUUUGUGGUCUUCCUCUCUGAGUUCGUCACAGAGGAUGUGGAGAACUUUGAGGUGGCAGCGCUGCCUCCGGACACCCAGAGAAACAUCGAAGCUGACAGCUUCUGGUGCAUGAGCAAGCUGCUGGAUGGAAUACAGGACAACUACACCUUUGCUCAGCCUGGAAUCCAGAACAAAGUGAAAGCUUUGGAGGAGCUGGUCAGCAGGAUAGAUGAGGACAUUCACAAUCAUUUCAAAAGAUAUGAGGUGGAGUAUCUGCAGUUUGCGUUCCGGUGGAUGAACAAUCUGCUGAUGAGGGAGCUGCCGCUUCGUUGCACUAUUCGUCUCUGGGACACCUACCAGGCUGAAGCGGAGGGUUUCUCCCACUUCCAUCUGUAUGUCUGCUCUGCUUUCCUCAUUGAGUGGCGCAAAGAAAUCCUCUCCAUGGUUGACUUUCAGGGCCUUCUCAUGCUACUGCAGAACCUCCCCACAAUACACUGGGGCAACGAGGAAGUGGGUCUCCUCCUGGCUGAAGCUUAUAGACUGAAGUACAUGUUCGCAGACGCACCCAGCCACUACAAGAGAUAGGCCCGAGGCAUCCCCCCUGAGAUCAGAGCAGGCUGUGACAUGGAAGGCACCCCCAGUAUUCAAGACACUCCAGGCGUCCAUGUGUUGUCUUUGAGGUGACCUGGAAGAGGACAAAACUUCUCCUGUGAAAAUGAAGUCCAGCGAAUGUCACAGUGGAUUGGGUUAAUGGUGCUCCCAUGGAGCUCAGUGAAUAUGAGAGACUAUUUUGUAUCGGUAUGAUAACCACAGCUAUGCCACCUUGGUAGACUAAUGCUGGUUUUGGGUCAUGCCACAUUAAUUGUCUCUCAUGUGAAACGUACACUCAGAAGAACAUGCUGCUGGGAUGAUGCUUUUAUUGAAAGAUUGCAUCCACAGAUUUCUAUUUUCUUGUUUUGAAGAUGUGUUUUUGGUAUUUGUUUUAAAACUCAUAUAUGUAAAACCGGGGGGAAAUACUUUAUUUUUCUUUUUAUAUCUAUUGAGUCUGACACUGUCAAGCUGUUAUAAAUAUAAUGGAUCGCACCAUAUCUUUUGGUUCAGGGUUACCAAAUUUGCACUGUACAAUCAACUUAUAAAAGUCCUUAUUUGGGACCAGUACGGAUAUUCUGAAUUGUAUUAGGUAUUACACCUAAGAGUAGCAAAUAUUAGAUACUGUGUUUUAUUUCAAGUUGGGGUUUGUUUUACAAGUGGAGAAACUGAUUCUGUGUCAGUUGGCCUUGGUUAUCAUAACUCGGCAUCAAUCACCAGGAGGCUCUCGGGUGUAAUAUAUAUAUAUAUAUAUGUAUGUGUAUGUGUGUGUGUGUAUAUAUAUAUAUAUAUAUAUAUAUAUAUAUAUAUAUAUAUAUAUAUAUAUAUAUAUAUAAUGUGUGUAUAUAUGGUACAAUUAAAAUGUGACUGCCUCUGAAUAGACAAGGAACGAUGGAGACCUUCUGGUUAAUGUAGCUUUGAAAUUCCUUGCGCCAUUAUUUUAUGUUGGAUAAUUCAAAAUGUUCUACUUUUGAAUGCAUUUUUAGUUUGAGCUCUGUAACGUCUGGUCUGUUUUGACCUGAGCCUAUUCAAACUCAUUUCUCAAUGCAUAAUGAUGUGUAUGAUGGUCUGAUCCUCUAUGAAGUAUCUGAGUAGAUACCUGUGGCUACUGUAAAACCUGCAUAUGAAUCAACAAUGUUUGAGAUCCUCAGUUGAGGGUAACUUUUUAGUAUUGUUUAUGGGGUUAGAGAUAUUUUUUGAAUGGAGGAGAUGCCUUGCCAAUGCUCGUUCAGUACUGAAGGACAUUUAUCCACACCAUCCUACUGGAGACUGUGGACACAGUGCAGCUCACAUUAUAUGAAGAUGCCUUUGUUCUGAUCAUUUGUAAUAUUCUCCUGACAGUUUAGAGUGUACAGUAACACGGAUAAAUGCUUGUGUUUUAUAUUUGUCUACAGGUUGGGUUAGGUGUUGGUGGGGGGUGAAUAUGUGUGUUGCUAUCUACCUUCAUUACCAGUGCUAAUUAUAACACAACGUAUGUUUGAGAGAUAUGACAAUCCUUAUCCUAUGAUUUCUCUCCCAUAGGUUUCUUUUCUUUUGUCAGGUUUGACAUCUGGAUUCCCUGUACACUUAAUUCCUGGUGAUUGUAUACUACAACAAAUUGAAUAGCAUGAGUCUUAAUUCAUAUUCAGGAAUUAUUGAUUGCCUCUGAAAUAUGGGGGCUCAACCAUAGCUUGAAGUGUUUCACAGUCUGUGAAAGGGAUCUUUUUAUUGCUGUAAAAUCCUAACACUGCUGUAUACUUAUUUCUGGUUUAUUUUACUUAAAGCCAGCUAUAAUCUGGUGUUCAUCCACCUUGUUUGAACCAUCUAAAACAUGCUGAAUGUGUGAGUGUUGUUGUUGAAUGUAUGCCUUUAGCCUUAAAGUAGUGUGUUGUUUUCAUUCAGGAGCACCAACUGAUUGUUUACUCCAUGAUGUUUUGAUCUAAAGGUCAUUAUGAUGGCAGGUUGAUAACUAGAGGCUGACUAAAUAAGCACUUCACAGCUGUUCACGCUGUCUCUGUAUUGGGCUUUGAAUUAAGACUAUAAAACAAUGAUGUUGUGUUAUCAUGUAAUAAAGGUAAUUUAAUGUAAACGAA